AUGUUCGAAUCCAACAACCAACUGGCUUCCUCUCCAUCCGACUCGAUCGCUCCGAGCCGACUUAAACCCUCUCAACGCCUCAGCAACACUUCAACCCAAUCGGUCGGUAUCGGCAGACGAGGCAAGACCAAAAUCCACCCGAGCACAGACCUCCAGCUCAACUGGAACUUGCUUAUGCAAGGCCUAUUGCGGUGGUAUCAAACAUGA